CGUAUAGUCGUACCCAGAAGAAGCCUUCUUCGGCAACAAGAAAUCCCAGCUUUAUAGAAGCAGGGCUAUUCUCCGGCAUUCUCCAAGAAGUCCCAUUUCAGAAGCUCUUCUCGAUCCCCCACUUCCUCUUUCCAAGACGACAUGGGAGAUAGCCAGUACUCCUUUUCUCUCACCACUUUCAGUCCUUCGGGAAAGCUUGUGCAGAUCGAGCACGCCUUGACAGCCGUUGGAUCUGGUCAGACAUCACUCGGUAUCAAAGCUGCCAAUGGUGUUGUCAUCGCAACUGAAAAGAAACUACCGUCUAUUUUGGUUGAUGAAACGUCUGUUCAAAAGAUACAGUCUCUGACACCAAAUAUUGGAGUUGUUUACAGUGGCAUGGGUCCCGAUUUUAGAGUUCUGGUCAGAAAAAGUAGGAAGCAGGCAGAGCAAUACCAUAGACUGUACAAGGAACCAAUUCCAGUCACUCAACUUGUGAGGGAAACAGCAGCUGUAAUGCAGGAGUUCACCCAAUCUGGAGGUGUAAGGCCCUUUGGAGUAUCUCUUUUGGUUGCAGGGUUUGAUGACAAUGGUCCUCAAUUAUACCAGGUGGACCCAUCCGGUUCAUAUUUCUCUUGGAAGGCCUCUGCAAUGGGGAAGAAUGUUUCUAACGCCAAAACCUUUCUAGAAAAAAGGUAUACUGAUGAUAUGGAGCUUGAUGAUGCUGUGCACACUGCUAUCUUAACCUUGAAAGAGGGAUUUGAAGGACAGAUCUCAGGCAAAAACAUUGAAAUUGGAAUAAUUGGCACAGAUAAGAAAUUCAGAGUACUAACCCCUGCUGAGAUUGAUGAUUAUUUGGCUGAAGUAGAGUAAGCAAUAUGAUGCUUGUCUGCAAAGUGAAAGUUAUUUUAAAGACAAAUGUGAGUGUUUAAUUUUGAAGUGAAGUGGCAGCCUGUAAAACUUGAUGAUAAUGCCUGGAACUGCCAUUCCAUUCCCAAAAUUAUGAACAAAAACUGUUGGCUCCUUCUAUGAACAUUUCAGGUUGCCCAAUUCCCACACCAUUAUAUGUUGUUGGUUAAGGAAUUAUAUGUAUUAUUGGAUAUUUUAGAUGCUGUGGGUUUUAAGUCAAUUGUUGGAAUUUCUGCAGUGA